CCGCCCCCCUUGUUGUUGUUGUUGGCGGCCGUGCGCGGCGCGUUGCUGUUGUCGGUGUUGAUGUUGCCGCCGGCAUGGGGACGUUAAGACCGCGGUGCGGCUGGCGCUGCUUUACAUAGGACCGCCGUAACUCACCGGGACUUGCUGGCGGAAGCGCCUUGCUGCCUGGCCGCCUUGCCCGCCUUGCCGCGCGAGACGCAGCGGCAGCGGCGCAGCGGCGCAGUCCAAACUGCAGUUGUUGGCGGCGCGGCAACAACGCGUCGGUGAAUCAUACGGCGUGCGCGGUGGAGCGUGCCGAGUAGUGCCGAGCGGCCACGUGCGUGUGUGUGCGUGAGUGAGUGUGUGGGUGUGCGCCCCGAGGAUUUGCGGUGGGCCUGCCGAAGAGCUUGUGCUGCUGCGCGAGGAUGCUUUCGACGUGCUCGACGAGGAUGCAGCGACCAGGACGCUGAGCACCUCGCCGUCGACGCCGCGUCCAGGACGUCCAGGAUGGAGGCGGCCGCGCCGCGGGCCGCGUGGCUCGGCGCGCUGCUCGUCUUGCUUCUGGCACAAGGCUGCCGCUGCCUGCGGAUGGUGGAGGUGAAGAUCCCGCCGCACACGAUCCGCUCGCACCCCGUGAGCCUGGAGUGCUCGUACGACCUGCAGGGCGAGGCACUGUACUCCGUCAAGUGGUACAAGGACGGCAAGGAGUUCUACCGCUACGUGCCGGGCGACCUGCCGCCCGCGCAGAUCUUCGACCAGCCGGGCGUCUACGUGGACAUGAUCAAGUCCAACGACCGGCAGGUGGCGCUGUCGCAGGUGGACCUGGCGACGAGCGGCCGGUACCGCUGCGAGGUCUCGGCCGAGGGGCCGGCCUUCCAGACCGUCACGGACCACGGCAACAUGCAGGUCGUCGUGCUGCCGAAGGACGGGCCGCACAUCACGGGCGGCAAGCCCAAGUACCGCGUGGAGGAGGACGUGGACGUGCUGUGCUCGGUGAACCGGUCCAAGCCGGCCGCCAGCCUGCUGUGGUUCAUCAACGGCGAGGUGGCGGAGGAGGCGCAGCUCCGCGGGCCCUACAAGUCCGUGUCCACGCCGGACGGGCUGGAGACGGCCAUCCUCGGCCUCCACUUCAAGGUGGAGCCGAGGCACUUCCUGCACGGCGACAUGAAGCUCAAGUGCCUGGCCAGCGUGGCCACGGUGUACUGGAAGAGCAACGAGGAGUCCAUCGAGGGCGACAAGCAGCGGCCGCCCGCCCUGGAGAGCAAGGGCAACAUCGGCGGCGGCAGGAGUCGCGCCGACAUGGUGCAAGCGCUGGCGUGCCGCAGCCAACUCUCUCCCUGGGCGAUGCUGCUGCUGCUCGUCAUGGCGGCCGCCACCCUCGUCUCGCGGUAACACCUCGGCGUCGCGCCCCUCGGCACCCGGAGCGGCACUCGGAGCGGGACUCGGAGCGGGACUCGGAGCCCGAGAGAGUCGCCAGCGCUCACCUGGAACAGCGUUCACCUGGAACGACGUUCACCUGGAACGACGUUCACCUGGAACGACGUUCACCUGGAUCGGCGUUCACCUGGAACGACGUUCACCUGGAACGACGUACACCCUGAAGCAGUGCUUACCUGGAACGGCGCUCACACGGAGCAGCGCGUGUGACGACGCCUUUGGACUUCCCUCUUUGGAUGGCUGUGAUGACUAAGGCGAGCGCCGAGUGUGUGAAAAACAGAGAGGAAAGGGGGGGAAAACGGGAACCCAUUCCCGAGUUGAUGAUUUGCCGAUACUUUUUGGUGGAUUCGCGGCCGCGGGUCGCAGAGCAAACUGCGCGGCUGGGUGGCUGGGCGGCUGGGCGGCCCGGCAGGGAGGCGGCGGCAACAGCGGCGGGAAACGAUUUCGGCCUGGAAAUGGCUUUUCCGCUUUUCCGCUGCGAGCCCGUGAUUGGCUGCCGCGGCCAUGCCGUGGAACUCUCUCUCUCUCCGGGCCGGGGUGGUGCAAGGCGCCGCGCCCGCCGCGCCCGCCGCCCCGACUAAGGUUUCCCUUUAUGGGCCGUUCGGCUGACGCGGGCCUACAUAUCACGCGCACGAUGACACGUCAGGCCUCACUUUAGAAUGCGAACGCCUUCCGCCUCCUCCUUCCGACUUCCUGCAGCCACGGCGGCACGCCCCCUGGGCCUUGUCCUCCUCGCGGACGGACUGCACGGACUCGACGGACGCUGCACCGGGCUAGACUUGCACUCCCCGACGCCCUCCUCCUGCUGCUGAUGCCGCCGGCCUUCGCUAACCAUGACGGACGGCGAACACGCGCCCGCUGCAUUCAUCGGAGUGCUCACUAAAAGCCCCGCCGCCGACAGAGCGCGCCGAGCACCGCGAUGCAAAUUUUAUUACCGAACGCCCCACCCCCCGCGCCCCGCCCCGCCCCGCUAACAGGUGAACAUAUAUCUAUAUUUUCUGGCCGGGCCGCGCGCUGCCGCGCCGCGCCGCCCCGAACUAACUGUGUUAUUGCUCAACUUGGCGGGGCACCUGCAACUGGGAUGGAGGACGGAGGGCCGUGACAGCCGAGC